GUUGGAGGACCUCUGCCUCAUGGCUCCUGUCAAGCAGACAUUCCAGAUAGAAACAGAAUACUGGGUGGAGCUUUCAGCUCUCUUGUAUAAAAGCUUCUGAAGAGCAAGAUGUGCUGAGUUCAGAGGCACUUGGUGGGGGUUAUACUGUGGUUGCCUUUGAGAGUCACAACUGCUGUCCAGAGAGUAAAGAAGACACAGCACCCCUGAAGCAAAGGGCAGACUUCCCUGCAGGAGGACCUGGAGAUUCACCAAACUGUGGAUCCAGAAACCACCUACUAAGUUGUGUGUGUAUGCGACUGAGCAGUUUGAGCUCCUAUUGAGGUGUUCACACUACUAAGAAAUUAGUGGGCACAGGACCUAACCUAGUAAUGGCAUCGUGUUAUAAUGAACAUCUGUGGUCAAAAAGAGACAUUCUGAAGUUACUGGAAUGCAUGACGAAUAUUCUCCCCUCAGAUGAUUCUAGAGGAUUCAAAAAAACCCUGGAAGACCUAGACUGGAGCAAAGUGGCUUUUGGGCAGUUUUCAGGAGAAAUGUGCAGACAGAAGUGGAUGAAGAUCUCCCAUAGUCUGAGGAAGUUUCGCACCCUGUCAGAGUUAGUGGUGGAAGCCUCCGAACUUGUUAAACAACCUCGCAGAAGUACGGCAAUCGAGAAGCAUCCUGACUACCCCAAAAGACCCCUGACUGCCUAUCUGCGCUUCUACAAGGAGCAUCUGGACAAAUACUCUGAGAUGUAUCCCAAGUACAACAACCGACAGCUGACCAAAAUCCUGGCUGAGAAGUACAAACAGCUGCCGCAGGAGAUCAAGGACAGAUACAUUCAGGAGUUCCAGAAGGAGAAACAAGAAUUUCAGGAAAAACUGGCUAAAUUCAAGGAAACCCACCCUGGUGUAGAGCAUUAUAAGAGAUAUAGGGUGCCCAAGAGCCACCAAACCACAGUCCCUAAGAAAGCACAAGGAGAUACGAAAAACGUAAAGUCUCCUCUAGAAACAGAAUUUCCCAAAACAUUUUCUCCAGUGAUAAAAUUUCAGGGAGAACCCAAGAAGCCCCCUAUGAGUGCAUAUCACAAAUUUCACCAAGAUUCAUGGUCAAGUGCGGAGCUGCAGCAUCUACCCUUAAGGGAACGCUGGGUUGAGAUUAGCAGACGGUGGCAGCAAGUCCCAUGCCGCCUGAGAGAGAAUUAUAACUGUCAGGUCGAAGAGCUACAGAAACAGUACUGGGUGGAGAUGGACCGCUGGCUCAAGGGAUUGUCACCCGAGGAAGCCACCGCAUAUCGAGAGGCAAAAGCCACUUGUGGUAAGAGAAAGAACAUGGCCAUGUCUGGAGGCAGAAGCCCCAAAUUUGGACAGACAGAGCAUCAGUCCACCUCAGCAAAGGAGGAGCUCCAAUCCAGUUCUGGAGAAAUGCAAGGGCUGCUGCCUCCUGAAACAGAUUCCUCAGAGACUAUUCAGGGCCAUGAUGGUGGCUCCCAGGUAGGCGGGCAGAAUACAACGGAAAAUGGCAAAGAGGAAGACCCCGUCAGCUCCUCGGACUCCGCUAGCAGCUCCUCGGACUCUGCUAGCGGCUCCUCGGACUCCGCUAGCAGUGCAGAUGAAGAUGAAGAUGAUGGGCAUCUUCCUUAGUGGACUUCUCAGAUUUAGACUUCAUUUUAGUCACUUUCCUUCCCUAAAUCAUAGUUUAAAAGCCAGGGCAUCACGGACAGAGAGGGACUGGUCUUCUCUGUGCUUUUGUACGUUCUUACUUUUUUUUUUUUUAUCCUGCAUCCUUUCUUUACUUACUAAAUACAAGCUAAAUACAAAGGAAUACAGUUUGGGGAGAAGGGAAUUUGCCACAGUAUUGUCUUCAUCAGGUUCGUAGGUUUAGAAAGAUCCUGAGACAGCACUCAAAAGUUAUUUACAUUUUAUUCAAACAAAGAACAGAGCCAGUUUUACACAGGCACCGUGUAGACAAGUGGUGUCAGUUAAUUCUAGGAAGGGUCUCUUAGUCCUUGCUGUUUCAAACAGCGAAUCUCUCCUCUGAUAUUCAGAAUAAGUAGACACAUGAACAGCUAGAUACAGAUAAAUACUCUGUUCUCUGACCUUGUCUGGAUGUCUUUAAUACACUCAUCAGCACCACACAACUAUAAUUAUUUUCUUAGUGGCAUUUUAAAUAUAUUUAAUGUUACUUUUUUAUCAUUUUUGCUUCUGAAUAGUCUGAGCUGUUUUCAUAAAUAUUAGCUUUAUAGUAUUUGUUUAAAAUCUUUGAGAUUUUAAUAUUUGUACAUAAAUAUUUAUUUUAUCUAUUUUAGCUCACACAUAGAUUGUAAAACUUGUACAUAUUAAUAAAGUACUAGGAUAUUUUUAUAAAUAUUUACAACAUAUAAUGUUUAA